GUCGCGUCUGGCCAUGCCCACCCUGCUCGCCGACGACACGCUCUGCCGCAACCACACGGCCAUCUACAGAAGCGAGCUCACCAGUUCCCUGUGGGCCUUCGCCAUGUUCGACGCCACCGGCAAGCUACCGGACGGGUUCCUGGUGGGGAACGUCAACGUAUUCGGCAAUUUCGACGAGUGCCUGGCCAUCGACGUGCACCUGGACCCGGCACGCUACCCGUACCUACCCGAGGCGGGGCUCCACUUUGUCGGCCGGUACGUGCCCGUGUCGGUGGCGCCCGUCGCAUCAGCCGCAACCUCGCAGCAGCUCCGCCUCGGCGGAGGACGGCACUGCUCGGCCGAGGACACACGUCUGGCUCUGCAGACGCUGCUGGGACCCAACGUGACUGUGGUCGAGCACGGCUCCAAGACGGCCGAGGACUCGGUGCAGCUGCAAGCCGCAGACGUGGUCGUCGUCACCAUCAUGGCGCUGGUCGGUGUGCUGAUGGUGGUCGGCACGGCGGUGGACGUGCACCACCGGCGGAGCGCGCGGCGCGCGGCGCGUCAGCUGCGCAUGACCCCGCUGACCGACAGCUGCAACCCCCGGCUGCCGCAGAUGCUGCUCGUCGACGGCGACAAGCCGGCGCCGCUGCUGCAGCGGAAGCCGUCUGCUCUGGGCACCACGCAGCAAGCGCUGGUCGCCUUCUCCGUGUACACCAACACAGAGAAGCUGAUGAACACGACGACCGGCGCGGGCACGCUCUCCUGUUUGCACGGCAUUCGCUUCCUGUCCAUGACGUGGGUAGUUCUGGGACACGCUGCCGGCGGGAUCGCGACCCACACACAGAACCUCCUAGUUGUCGUCGAUUGGUUUAAAGGACCUUGGUUUCAGGCGAUCGCAAAUGCCAUGCCAAGCGUGGACACGUUUUAUCUCUUGUCCGGGACGUUGCUGGCAUAUGGCUUCUGUGGCGCUUACGAGAAGAACAAGAAAUUCAACUUGCCGCUCUUCUAUAUACAUCGUUAUAUAAGACUAACUGUACCUUACGCCAUGGUAAUUGGAUUUACUGCCACUAUUUUUGUCUAUCUAGGGGAUGGACCUAUAUGGCAGUCUUCCACCGCACCUCAGCAAUCUUAUUGCAUUCACAACUGGUGGAAAAACCUUCUCUACAUUCAGAACUUCAUUGAUUUUGAGGAAACAUGCGUCCUACAGUCUUGGUACCUGGCCACUGACAUGCAGAUGUUUGUGUUCUCUCCUCUGGUCCUGCUUCCGCUGGUGUGGCGACCGCUGCUCGGCAUCAUUUGGCUAUGCGCUCUCAUUGUUGGCUUCCUGGCGCUUCGAGUGACAAUCUGGAGCGUCAAAGACCUGAACCCCACAUUUUUCACGCUCAGUAUCCUGCUGCACCGGCUGCGCGGCAGACAGGUGACGCUGCGGUGGUGGCAGUGGCUCCUCGGCUGGAUUGUCGCCUUCGCCAUCGGCAUCUCCGUCGUGUACGGCAUGACCGGCUAUCAGAUGCCCUGGGACCCGCAGCCGAGCAAGGCGGUGGCCGUGACCUACGGAGGUCUGCACCGGUUCGCCUGGGGCCUCGCCGUCUCCUGGGUCAUCUUCGCCUGCGUCACCGGCUACGGCGGGUUCGUCAACAUGCUUCUGUCCUACCCGGGCUUUAUUCCGCUCAGCCGCCUCACCUACGCCGGCUACUUGAUCCACAUCAACGUGCUGUUUGUGGCGGACGUCUCGAUGAAAGGCACGAUGUACGUCGAUGUGGUAAGGCUGGUGUACAGGCUCCUGGGCCACAUCAUCACGACGUUUGCAUUUGCUCUGCCGUUCUCCCUGGCUUUCGAAGCGCCCUUCAUGAACCUGGAGAAGAUGCUGUUCCGCUCAGAUAAGCCCAAGUCAGAGUUUAGCACGUAUCCUGUAUCGGCAGCCGAACACAAGCGAAACCAGUAG